AUGCGCACUAGCCACGCCAACGCUGGCAGGUAUGUGGGUUCCAAGCUGAACCCAGCCUCCCCCAUCUACACGGUGGAGACAUGGGCUCUGAGCAAGACCCCAGCCUCCACCCACCUACCCCACAGAGCAGCGACCGCAGGGGCCGGGCGCGGGGCGGGGCCUCGGCGGGGCGGCCGCGCGGCUUCACCUGCCGCUGGGAUCCCGCGGAACCGAGGCGCGGGCCGCUGCGAGGCCGACGGACUUGGCCUAGUUCCGGGGAGCCCGGGCGGCGAGGGCGGCGGACGCAGCCAGGCUGGAGGUUCCGGGCAGGCGCGGGGGAGCGGUGGCGGCGGCGAGCGGACUCCGGACACCGGGCAGGCGUCUGGGCACGGCGCGGCGGGGAAGAUGACUCGGGCUCCUGCUCGCUCCUCCUGUUGCUCUCACUCUGCGGCUCGCUCUGGGCCCCAUGACCUCCUACAAGCUGAUCCAGCCAUGCUUGAUGUCAAUUGCCCUGGGACAGACAGCUGGGACAUGGCUGCUGUGGAGUGAAAGACACCUGGGACGUUGAAUUAAAAAGUGAUUCCAACAACAAGAAAUGAGAAAUGGAAACUUCCUGUUCCCCUUCUAGCAGGUACAGUUCUUGAGGAUAUGGAGGGAAAGAAGCAGAUGCUGGACAAAAUGAGUGGCUGUGGAGGAUUUGGACUGAUAUAUUUAGCUUACCCCUGAAUAAACCAUAUAGCAAGACAUGUAAUAAAAGUGGAAUAUCAAGAAAAUUGUCCAUUGUUUUCAGAACUGAAAUUUUAUCAGAGAGCUGCAAAAAAAAAAAAAAAAAAAAAAAA